AAAUCAACCGUGGUCAAAUGAGGUUGGGACGCUCCCUGGCUCUGCGCAUGCGCAGGGCAACAUUUAUUACUAUGUCAAUCUCAAGCCGCAGACAUGAGACAAUUGUUGUGAAAACUCUUCGGUGAAGUGUCGAUCGAGCAGGCGUCGUUUGGCUCACUGGAGAGUCGCCGAGGGGCUUGUUAAGCAACCAACCAACCACCACCACCAUCAUCGUCAUCAUCAUCAACAACAACAACAUGUUUGGUAAAAAGAAGAGAGCUCCACAGCCCAGACGCCAGGGCGCUGCUGCUGCCAUGCAGUUUGGUCUGUUUGUCGACCCUGAUGAGAUGAUGAUGGGAAUGCAGGAGGACAAUCUGAAUGACUCAGACCUGGAGGAUGAACUUGCUUCUAUCACUGGAAGUAAAGCUGUCAGAGAGAAAGCCAAACAGAGGGGCAAGAGCACUUUGCCAAUGGAAGACAUCGCAAAAAUGGCCGAUGAGUGUAUGAGGGACGUGGACGAUGAAGAUGACGAAAAUGUGGAAGACGAUGAAGAUCUUUUGGCAGAGCUACAGGAAGUGGUGGGUGAGGGCGAAGCUGAGGAUGACGUAACUGUUUCCUCCACAACUCCUGCCACUGUCAACAUUUCCAAAGAUGAAACACCAGUGUCGCCACCGCCUCAGUAUCUUCCGUUUGUUGCGGUGCCACAGCAGGAAGCAAAGGUCUCCUCAGCGGCCCCCGGCAGCCUACAGCACACCCUAGAGGAGAGGAUGGCCAUGUACAAGACGGCCUUACAGAACGCCAAGAGUGCAGGGGAGGCUUCUAAAGCCAGGAGGUUCGACCGUGGUUUGAAGACACUGGCGUCCAUGUUAACUGACCUGAAAAAGGGAAGGUCUGUGAGCGAGGCAGAGAUCCCGCCUCCUGUUGCCACUGGAGCCCCCAGCACUGCUUCUCGUCCCACUGUCCCCGCACGACCUGCUCCCCCUGUGCCCUCUCACCCCGAAUCCACUCCAUCAGAUCAGCAGGAGGAGCCUGAGGCCACAGCGCCACCUCCUGGCGUGCCAGAGAUCAUCACACCCACCACUGAAGAGGAGCAGUCGUCCUCCACCGCCACGCCUCACCUGAGCUGCGUCCCCUCUCCAGAGGAGCAGCCAGAGGAACCUGCUCUCCUGCUGCAGACCAGUCACACAGAUGCGAACGAGGCGACAAAGGCGAUGCUUUUGGAGAGGCAGAAAGAAUACAAGAUGGCAGCUCUGAAAGCCAAGAGAGAGGGAGACGUGGAGCAAGCGAAACUUUUCUUCAGGACCAGUAAGAAAUUCGAUCCAGUUAUUGAGGCACUGGAGAAAGGACAAGAAGUGGACCUGAGUGGCAUUCCACCUCCUCCAGGCCAGCUUUCAGACGCAAGCUCUGCCCCACUGACAGAACCUUCCUCUGCUGAAAACACACAGGCCACGCAGCCCCCUGCAGCUCCAGCCCCUGCAGCGUCAUCGGUUCCUGUGGCUCCCAAAGACGUGCUGGAGGCCCUUGAGCAGAGACUAGCCAAGUAUGUGGAGGCAUCUGCUCAAGCCAAAGCCAGUGGAAAUGACCGCAAGGCACGAAUGCAUGACCGCAUUGCUAAGCAAUACCAGAGUGCCAUCCGAGCUCAUAAAGCAGGAAAACCAGUCGACUUUGACGAGCUGCCAGUUCCUCCAGGUUUUCCUCCAUUGCCAGGUCAGAAAGCAACAGGAGCUGAGCAGGGGAUUAUUGCUGCUCUGGAGGCAGCCAGUAAGCUCACUUCUACCGAUGUUGCUGAAGCACCAGAUGAAGACGAUGAAGAGAAAGAGGAGCCUGCUGCUGUUCCAGAGGAGCCAAAGAAAACCACGUUAGACGUCUCCACUGCAGGUCAAAGACGGAAAAGGACUCCUUCACCUUCACCUGACAGAUCAACUCACAGGGAAGGACUUUCCCCAACAGCGGUUCAGCAGCUGGAGUUCCUGGAGGGUCGGAAGAAGCAGUACAUGAAGGCAGCACUGCAGGCCAAGCAGAAGAACGAUUUGGAGCAGGCCAAGACUUUCCUCCGCACAGCCAAGGGCUUCGAACCCAUGAUCGACGCAGUACGCAGCGGGAAAAGUGUGGACAUCAGUACGGUGCCGUCGCCCCCUGGUGACGACGAGGAAGACUUCAUCCUGGUUCAUCACAGGGACGUUCAGCUCUCCGAGAAAGACGAGCAGGUUUACACACAACUGGCCAAGAUGCUCAAAGAACAGUACGAGAAAUGUAUGACUCACUCCAAGCAGUUCACACACCUGGGAAACAUCUCUGAAACUACAAAGUUUGAGAAGAUGGCGGAGAGCUGUAAGAACAGCCUGGAGGUGCUGAAGCUGGCUCAGACGAGGGGUUUGCCUCCUCCUAAAUAUCACUUUGAACAGAAGUCGUUCCACACCGUCAGGAUAUUUCCAGAGCUGAGCAGUACUGACAUGGUUGUUAUAAUCGUUAAAGGGAUGAAUCUUCCUGCACCAAGUGGAAUUCAAACCAACGAUCUGGAUGCCUACGUCAAGUUUGACUUCCCCUUCCCCAGCUCUGAGCAGGCUCAGAAACACAAAACUGCCGUCAUCAAGAACACUAACUCUCCAGAAUACAACCAGAGCUUCACGUUGUCAAUCAACCGCAACCACCGCGGCUUGAGGAGGAUAGUGACUUCUAAAGGCCUCAAGCUGGAGCUGCUGCACAAAGGCGGUUUCUUCCGGAGCGACAAACCGAUUGGAACGGCCGUGGUGAAGAUGGACAAACUAGAGUCACAGAGUGAAAUCAGGGAAAUCGUAGAGGUGAUGGACGGUCGCAAGGCCACCGGAGGACGUGUUGAAGUGAAGGUGCGACUGCGGGAGCCUCUGAGCGGUCAGGACAAGCAGACGAGCACAGAGCGCUGGCUGGUGAUCGACCAGUCACAGGUUCUUCUUUAGAUGAUGAUACAAGAUAUACACGCUACAAGAUUAGGUCUUUGUCUUCUGGAUUAAAGGCACUCAAUCAAAAACACCCAGAGGAGGAAGAAGACGUGGAGAGGGGAAGGUGUGGACAGUUUGAACCUUCACAGGUCUUUGACCUUUUAAAGCGUUUGCACAUUAGACACAGGAGCGCCCUCUCACUGAAGUCAAAGGAACUGCUGCAGGGACGUGAAGCAUCAGAGUGAUGCAGAGAGAAAAACACUCAACAUUUAUCCAUGAAGGUUUUCUUGCACCCAUUAGUGCGCCUCCUGGUGGAAGACAGUUAACGUUGAAGGGGCUCAAGAGUUGAGCUGCCCUACAUGAAUAUAGUUAAUAUAAUAUAGAGAAAAGAAUGUGUACAUAUUCCUCAUAUUACACAGCUCUGGUAUCUAUGCACUAAUACCAAAGUAAUCACUGUUGCUGUAAAAUCCUGCAUAUUUGAACUCGCCUCAAGCUGCCAAACCUGCGACUGGAAAGGUUAAAAUAUGCUGUGGGAUAAGAAAAUGUCAGGGUUUUUCUUUUUUCUUUCUUUUCUUGUGAAAGUAUCAGGCAGAUGCAGGUGCGGCACCUCACAAGAUAUUAAGAUACUGAACAAGGUACGGUUAUGAUUAUAUUAAAGACCACACUCCCUAUUUGGCACCAUUCACUUUGAUUACGUCGUUUAAACCGUGGUCACUACACUUCACACUUUGACACAUUUGUUUACACUCAACAGCACAAAUCUGAGACACUUUGGCAAGUGGAUAAUAUUCAUUAACAAUAUCUGUGACAUCAUUCUUACUCGUCAUAACUACAGUUACAGAUAUCUGUGAUUCAGUUUUUACCUAGAGUUGGAUAUCUCUUAAUUCCAGUGUCAGAUAUCUACGUCAUUAUUUCUAGUCAUAAGAUAUAUUUAAUUAUCCUCAUUUGAAGAUAUCUAACUUGUCCUUUUUGGAUAUCUUGAAUUAAGUGUUGCAUAGUCAGAAUGAAGUUGUAGAUUUCCGAAACUGGAAUUAGAGACAUCAUUUUCCAAAAUGACAAACCCCAUACACAUGAAUUACAAACGUGAUGUUUUCCCUAGUAAAAAGUGAAUUAUGUAUAUCAGAAACUGUAGUUUUGACUAGUCAAAAUGACGUCACAGAUAUCUGUAACGGUGAUUCCAGAUCGUCAGACUUGUCUAAAAAACCUUGUCUUACAUGUGAGGAGCAGUAGCUUCACAUUUCCAGUCCAGAAAACUAAAUACUACUUUAACCUUAACAGAUAUUCACACUUUCAUAAGUAAACAUCAUUGGCUGACUCAAGUUAUUUUAAUAAAAAUUUUUGGGAAAUGUCUGUUAAAUACUCACCUGUAAUCAGAAUGCAAUUAGCUUAGCUUAGUUUAGCAUAAAGCUUUCUCCAGAGUGCCCAACAGCACCACAUGCUAAUUUAAACAACUUUGAUUUCAUUGACCCACUAUCGCUACAAAUUACCAUAAACACUAUUUUUUCUACGAAUAUGCUGUGCGGCUACUUCCUUUCAAAACAACUGAUGACCUUUUUGAGGAGUUUAAAUAAAUGAUAAAUAUUAUAUUUUGGUUUAGUAGUUAUUCUUAUUUAAAAAAAGAAAGAAAGAAGCAUUUUAGAGCUAGCCAGGCUAAGUAAUUUAUGCUGAGCUAAGCUAAGCUAAUAGCCUUCAUGUUGACACUACAGUCUGACUCGGGCAGAAAGUAAAAUUUCACCUAAGUGUCAAAGUAUUUCUUUAAAGUUAUUUUCAAAACUAUGCAUCAGUUCUUCUGUCAUGUGGUGUGGUUACAGAAUGUUCCAGUUUUUUAAAGGGUCAGUUCACCCAAAUUACAAAGAAGAAAUAUAAAACAUUCAUUUAAAACAAACCAGUCACGACAUCUUUUUUAACUUACUUUUGAUGGAAAACUAAAAUGUUUUGACUUCAACUGGCAUGGUAACCUUUACAUCAGCUUAAUAAUGAUUGGUAGUUUUAAUUGUUAAGUAUGUAUAAAUUCCAAAACAAUUGUUGAAUGGACACUAACAGAAGCUACAGCAUUUAACCUGAUUAUUUUGGCCAUAUCAAGGGGAAACUUUUAAAUGUUAUGGGUCACAAAACACAGGUGGUGGUGUUAUGAGCACCGACAGUGGUUUAAUAGUCUUAAAGAAAGCAGAUACAUCCACAACUUGGAUGAAGAAUCAUAUAUUUCUCUAGUAGCCUCAUUGUUUUCUAUUAUAAGCCACAAAAAAACAGAUUAUGUGCCAAUUUCUCAGGUUUUUUCCCUCAUCAGAGAUUAGCUGACAAACACAGCGGAGCAGCUUAUAAACUAAUAUUUCUAUCAGCAGUUUUAAUUUGUUCGGUUGUCGAGGUUACCGUUGCUCUGCUGCAAAAUAAAGCAGCCUCAAGUGAGAAAGUUGUGCGUCGGGGUAGCUGGGUUAUUCAGUUGAGUGAACUGACCCUUUAAAGUUUCAACUGAAGCUUUGAAAGAAAAAGAAAAAAAGCCAUAAGUGAACGUACUGAGCCGAUCACACGACUCCCAUUUCCAACGGCUUUACCUCAACUCUGUCUUUCCAAAGUGUGGUCACAACAUUUCUGUUUCUCUGAAUCUCUGUCACGGACACGUCGCGUGAACUCACUUUUACCAAACAUUUUAGUUUCUGUUGAAAUAUUUCUCUCCUUUUUGAAUUCACAAAAAAUGCCUCAGUUAUAGAAACAAGAAUAUAUUGUUUUAAAAUUGUCUCUAUCCUGCUUUAAAUGGUCUAUUAAAAUACCUUGUUUUUAUUUUUUUCCUUUGAAUAUGGAAAGUGAAUUGUCGACGUUGAACAGAAGAAAUUAAAUACAAAAAGCACUUAUUUCAAUUUUCUAUAAGUUUUUAUUUUACAUAUACUACAGGAUUUUUGUCGCUAACAUUUGUAGUGUAAAGAAAGAUUUGUACAUGUUUUUUGGCUUUUCAAACAUUUCUGAUGACUGAUAUUUAUUUGGGAAAAAAAAAUAGUGAAAUAGGAUACACAACUGUAAAAAUGCAAAGUUGAUUUGUUUAACCGCUGUUUUCUAGCUCGUUUCUGUUUGCAUGCAGUGUUAGUUUUGGACAGUAACGUCUUACAACUGAAUAAUACAAAAAAAAGAAAAAUGCUACGUUUUCAGUCACACAAAUUGCACCUUUUUUUUGGAUUAAGGACAUAUUGCACACGGCAGAUGAUGCCAAAAACAACAGAUGACAGAAAACAGGCAGAAUGAAAACAUCCUCUUCACUCACACUAUUUUUUUAAGAACGUCACACAGCGAUUCAGAGACACCAGCGCUGGUUUAUUAACCCAGAACUGUUGGACCGUUUGUCCUCGGCUCCACUAACAUUUCUCUGCUACAGUUGACAUACUUUAAAUGGAGUAAUAAAUGAAAGCAGAACAAAUUUAAACAUGAAGCGUCGGCUCCUGUGCAGAUUUUCGUGUGAUUGUCUGGUUCUCACUUUUUUUUCCCCUCUCGUACUGCACUGAUGGUUUACAUUAGUUCACAUUAGGACGAUUAAAGACGGACCGUGGGAUGUUUUGGUGGCAAGGCGACACAAAAAACACAAACAAAAACACAUUUUUGUUGAUUUUACAGCAGAAACGGGAGGAAUACAUUCUUUAGAUUAGUUUGUUUUCCAGGUCCAUGUUGUUGAGGGAGAACACAGAACAGAGCAGACAGAGGAGCUGCAACACCGUGAUCAACCAGGUCUCCAAACGUAGGUUUUGACAAGUCCGGAGCAGGAUGACGUCGAUUUCAAGGUUCUGUGACGGCGUCAAGUUGCAGACAACUUGAGAUGAAAUACAUUCAGCUUGAAGUCAACUUUGCAGGAACCCUGAUCUUCAAAAACACAGAACUUUUUUUCUCUUUCUUGCUGAGAAAACGUCUUCCAGCGCACAGUGGCAGCAGCAGCAGCCAUGACACUUGCUUUGAUUCUCCUCCUGUAGAUGGCUUAGAAUCCAGUUCUGCAGCUUUAAUACAGUUUUUAAUAAUAUAUCUAUAUAUAUCUAUAUAUAUUUAUACAUCUUCACCAGCUAUUGUCUCUGUAUGAUUAAAAAGAUACCUGGAGAGGGAUUUUCCCAACCACUGCUGGACAAACACCAAGCAACUGAUGAUUUUGAAGUUGAGUGGAGUAAAAAUGUUUCCUCCUCUUUUUCUUGAUGCACAGACUGUUUGAAUUCAUCAAUAAAGCAUUGGAACCUUU